UACUUGGAUUUGUUUUUCCUGUGCUGACCUCAACUUUAUAGCUGCUGUCAUUCUUCCAUCCGGUCACAAUUUUGAAUCUUGCUUGGCUUAUUCUCCUAAAUACACAGAUCCUUUCCUACAUCUGCCUUCAUAUAUCACAGAUCAGCCUGCCUAACUGCUAUAUUUACAUGGGAGUAGAAGUAGCCAUUGGCCACAGGACGUGGGAUGGUGGACUCGGGGAUGGGAGAAGAAGGGAAGACUGUCUAGUACCCAGUGAUUUUGUGGUUCUUAGUUCCUCAGCAAAGGCUUUGGGGGAAACACAGGACACAUGGACAGCACAUAAUCCUAAAAUGAACAUGUUUUUCCUUUUUUCAGUUUUGACUUAAAACUAGAUUGCUCUUCAACUGUGAUCUGAAGUGGCUGGCAUCUCUAAUGCCUGAAUGACAAUGUAAGAAAUAUAAUUUUGGGAGAAUAUUUCUGUCCAUGCACAGCAAAUAAUUAGCAGGAAAACUUAGAAGCAGCGGAGGUUGGUGGCUGCUCCACUAGGAGGGAACUGGUUCUGUUGGAAGCGUGGUAUCGUCUCUGCACCAAGGGAAACGAACCAGAAAGUAACUGAGAACAUGGAGAGAGAUGACACCCGAUUGAUUUUAAAGCAUCGGAAACCCAUUUGUCCAUAUAUCUGCUCAACAAUGAAUGAUUUUCAAGAAGAGAGAGAUUUUUUGGCAACCAAUGUCUUCCCUCAGCUCAAUGAACUCUGCAAUUCCCGGGGCACCUACUUCAAAGCUGUGGACCUUCGGUGGUCAGCGGUGAAGUCCCUGAAGCCUUUCCCAGACAACCUGUUCAGACAGUAUUCAUGUCUCCACUCCCAGCAUCUGAAGCUCUGUCUUGACUAUGUCAACAGCUGCUUCCCCUUUUUCAUUUGCCUGCUGGGGCAGACAUAUGGAGAAUUCCUCCCUGAUUAUACACCUUUCCUGUUCUCCAAAGCAACGGACUUGGCAAGUUUAUCCAGAGAAGAACAGAAUCUCUAUGUAGCUGCAAAAAAUGGUUAUCCCUGGGUUCUGGAGACUCCCAACUGCAGUCUGAUAGAAUUUGAAAUCAUCCAAGCAGCUUUCCGGAAGCAAUCUCAGUUUCAGUAUUUUUACUUCCGCACUGGGACCAGGAUACUGAAGUCUUUCGAAGAGGAGGAGGAGGAGCCACUGGUCUCAGGUUCUUUGGUGGAUGAAGAGGAAAAAUUGAAGAUUGGAAAGCUGAAGGCCAAGAUCAUUAGCAAAGGGCUCCAUGUUAGAUUUUACAAAGAGCUCCAUGAGCUGGGUGAGCUGGUCUUGAAGGACUGGUUGGUUGUGAUAGAAACACUGUAUCCGUUCAGUGUGAUAACUGAAAAUACAGACUACAAGCACAGCUUUGAACGUUUCUAUCAUGACGAGUUUAUUGAGAAGUGCAAGCAAGUGUUUGUUAUUUCUAAGGAAGCAAACAGAAUCUUUAACAUAUUGGAAAAAUUUGCCUUAAAGGAUAUGGAACUUGAGCCUAACUCUUCAGCAUCAGCUUCCAACCUAGACUCUGUUCUGAGAAUAAAUUCUUUUCCAGCUUACAAGUCCAUUCUGCUCUUGUCUGGAGAACGUGGCUGUGGGAAGUCCACUCUGAUUGCCAGCUGGGUGGAUUCUUUCAAAAACAAAUGUCCGAAUAUCUUGAUGAUCCCAUAUUUCGUGGGGAGCACCUCAGAAAGCAGUGACAUCAUGUCUGUGAUCCAUUACUUCAUCACAGAACUGCAGCACAAAAACUAUGGUACUCAUCUUGAAAUGGAUUUUCUUAGUGAGGACUCAAAUGUCUUGGUCUUUUCACUUCUUGUGGAAAUGUUCAUAGCCUCCAUCAGUUUAAAACCAUGUAUACUUGUUCUAGAUGGCAUAGAAGAAUUGAUCGGCAUUUAUGGGAUUUCAAGUCAGAAGGCAAAAGAGUUUUCCUGGCUGCCUAACUCGCUCCCUCCUCAUUGCAAGUUUAUCCUGAGCACUACCUCCUCCAGCUUGUCCUUCAAGUCGCUCUGUGCCCGUUCAGAUGUGAGGACAAUAGAACUCUCUAGCAUAGGAGAUGAAGACACAAAGCUCAGCAUCUUCAAGCAGCAUCUCUCCAUGCCCAACCAGGAUUCCUUUUGGCAGAACAAACAGAUCUGGAGGAAAAAAACAAACCUGAGUCCUUUAAAACUCACAAUCCUAGCCAAUGAGCUAAAGGAAUGCAGAGUCUAUAGAAAUGAGUUCCAGUGUAUGAGGGAGUAUUUGGAGGUGACCUCCAUUCAGGAGCUCUGGGAGUUGAUUCUGAAACGCUGGAUUGAAGACUACAGUUGGACUUCGAACCAAAAAAAGACAAAUUCAAGUACUGUAGCUAUAGAAGGGCUGGACAGCUGGUUGUCUGAUGCGCUGUGUUUAUUGUGCAUCGCACACUGUGGGCUGGCUGAGGAUGAGCUUCUCCAUCUUUUGGAGUUGCUGGGUUAUAGAAAUCACUACAGAGUGACCAUGGUGCACUGGGCAGCCUUCCGCAAUGCCACCAAAUACUGGAUCCAAGAGAAGCCUAAUGGCCUCCUCUAUUUCCGGCACCAGACCCUGCGAAACGCUGUGGAACACAAACUGCUUGGUGUUAUCAUUCCUGUGAGAGAAAGCAGCCCAUAUACAUUUCUGAACCCAACAAAUCAGAAAAAAACACAUUUUCACCAAAUCUUGACAAGAUUCUUCCAGCGGAAAACUGGUUUUUGGAGAGUUUAUCAAGAGUUGCCGUGGCAUCUGAAGAUGAGCGGGUGCUGGGCUGGCCUGUGCGGCUUUCUCACGAGCCCCAGUAUCACAGAUUUUAUCUCAAAGAUCCAAAGCCCUAGCUUGUGGACCAGGCUACACUUCAUCCACUACUGGAAUGUAUUGUUGGAAGCCGGCUACGAUGCUUCAGCGGCAUAUAUGCUCUCGGUGGACAAGAUUAAAGCCGAUCAGUGCCACAAGAUAAAGAAGAGGUGUACGCUGUCAGUGCUCGAAUGCAGACUUUUACGGAUUAAUGACACUGACAAAUGCCGACUGAUACUGUUUAUCGGGAGUUUCUUGAAGUAUAUGGGCAAGACCAAGGAAGCCGAAGAGCUCUUCCUGAGUGUUGAGGACAUGCUUAUGCAGAGGCCGUCCACAAGGGGAAUGCUCCUCCAAGCUCAGAAUGCUGUAGGGGAACUGUAUCUUGAAAUUGGGAUGAUUCAGAAAGGAUUCAAGUAUUUUCAGAAGGCCUGGUCAAACCUGUUGUUUUAUUCACUCAAGGACUUAAAAGCCAGCCAGUAUUUGAUGAAGCAGAAAGUCAAAGUGCUGAAUAACCUGGCAAAAUCAGCAUCUGAGGAGUUCUUAAAAGAAAAUCACAUUUUGGAUUAUGCUACGGAAGUAGCCAAGAUAGUGAUCAGCAAUCCUUGUGAUCAAGCUACCAUGAAAUACACUGAAGGUGUUCUCAUGCUGGCUGAUGGAAAUAUUACUCUUGCGAAAGUGAAAUUUCAAGAGUGCUUAUAUAUCAGAAGAAGUUUGUUUGGAGAGAAAAACAUGCUAGUUGGAGAAACUAUGGAAUUUUUGGCAGAUUUGCUAUUUUUUUUGCAAAAAGAUCCUGAAAAAUCCCAGAAGAAGCAAGCAACUGAGUAUUACAAACAAGUGAUAAAAAUCAAGGAAGAUGCAGACACUCUGGCCAGCUCCUCACUCGUCAAGAAGCAGCUGAGCAUCAGCCUCAGUGAUACCUUGUGCAAACUAGCAGGUCAAUUGUUGGCAAAUGACUUCAGCCAUCAUGCCACGACCGAGGCAGUAGGCUAUUUGUAUAGGUCACUCGACUUAAGGGCUACCUACCUGGGAUCUUCUCAUCCAUCAAUUCCAGGAAUCCUGCAUCUUCUCAGGGAACUUGAGCGCACGCGAGGCAAGAGAUUUUGGCCUCAAGGCAAGAGUCAGCAGUCUCACGAAGGUUCUAAGCAUGGUUCCUCAAUGUGGGAACACUUGUAUGAAUUAAACUACCACAGUGCCCAGAAUUUUACUACAGUGAGCUCGGCUAUGUUCACAAGUAUAGGUAAGUUACAGAAGGCUGAGAGAAUGGAGCUAGCUGCUGCUCUGAUUUCGGAUACACAGAAGUGUGCUUCUAGCAAAGGGAAAAAGAUCCUGAGACGCAUGCGAUGCAUUUCUGCUGAUGAAAAGAUCCAACAGAAGUCACAAAAAAAUGCAGGAAUAUUGAAUAGCCCAAGAAGAGAAACAUCAAAGAAAAAGAAAGACUGUUCUUUUAACAUUUUCAAUGCAGAUAAAACAAAUUGUGUAGUAAGGCUUUCAAAGCAAAGGAUUUCAUCCGGUGGAAGUGAGAGUGGAGAAAGGCAAAUCACAAUUUACCAACAUAGCUCACCUCUUAGUACCAAUAAUCCCUGGGAAUCCAUAUCUGAGCUCAUUUCAGAAAAGUGGCUUUUUCACAGCCCAGAUUACAGUUUGUCUCCUCAGAAGUCUGUUUCUCAGAGAAGAUCUCAAAUAGAAACCUAAUUCUUGAAGAUUUCAAAUGAUACUAGUAAGGAAUAAAAGUUAU